GUCUUAGUUUCUAUAUAAGCAUGCCAACCAACUGCACCACCGAGAACUCAGAUACUUGUGGCAUACUCGUUUUACGUGACUUUGUUUGAGUAAUGAUGUGUACUUGUACAAAAACCAACCUUGUUCAAGUCCAUGCAGCUUUUGUAUUCAUCUUCUGAGUUGCUCAACUUCAACACAAUAGAAUUUUGUGUUUGCACAUAAAGCAUCGAAGGUGGUUUGGGCAUAUGGUUUAAGGUAUUGUUCCAGAUAAGAACACGACCAGGUUGUUGAUGAAUGCCACACAUGACAUCGUUGUUAUCUUUGUAGAAAACUGUCUCACCAUAGUCGUUUUUCUUCAUGUCCUCAUUAAGAAAUAUCUGCACCGUUAAACCUUUGUCAUCUAGAGAGGAAAUUAUAUCGGUCUUAUUCAGCUUAAAGGGGAAGUCGAGUCUGUUCUGCGCAUCGGUUCUGCGCAUAACAAUGUGAGGACCUCUAAUGUGAAAAUUGCCCAAAUUUCAAAUGUUUCGUAUUUUUCUGAACAUAAACUCUAUUUCAUAUUCAUUUAGAAGCAUAGUGAACCAAAAUGGUGUUAGAUAUUCAGACAGUACAUCAUAUUUUAAAAAAUAUAGCAGUUCAAAAUGUAAACAAACCGUUUGUUUACAUUACGGACUUGACUUCCCCUUUAAGUUUGCACAACAAGAAAUAUGGGUAUGGCAUAUGCUUUGCAGUUUAAUCUGUUUCUGAACAUUUUGUAAAUAUGACAGUUUUGAAAAUACAAGGGUAUAACCCAUUGAGCGCCUGAGCACUCUCCCCUUGACCAGUAAAAUCAUCUGGCAUUAGACAGAGUAAAAUAAUAAAGUAGGGCAUGUUAGGGUGCAGUGCGAGUUAAUGGGUUCAGCACCACUUCCUGGUUGGUGGAGUGAUACGGUCUUGUCUAAAGGUUGCACUGUCUUGGCGUACAAGUUCGGCAUGGCAUACAUUGGGCCUAACGGCAUAACAUUUACAUGUUACCUGGCUUCCCUAUGUUCGACACAGGUUUAAAAUCCAUUCUGUAUGCCAUCGUAAACAUAGCAUAACAUACAAAUUGUUCACUUCCAGUAAGUUGUUUUAAAAUUUUUGACAGUUCUUUCCAGACUCUUGUACGUUCAAACAUUUCUGUGGACACAGGCGAAACCCAUGUUGUGUUUGAUUUCAUAUCAAGAGAAAUUUCUUUAAAACUAUCUUUUUGAUUUAAAACCCAUGGCCUGUGUCCUACGAGGUAGCCAUUUAACCAUUUAAUCUCGUUGCGUUUUAACAAAUUGUCGACCAAAAAUACUUUCUCAUUUUCAUGUUGGCAUCUUGUCUCCACAUUUAACUCCUCUGUAGUGACAUAAUAUUGAAAUAUUAAACAUAAAAUUGAGAUAAAUUUAUUAAGAAAAUAUGCCAUUGUUUUGGUUUGAUCCUGUUUGGCUCUGUUUAGUGUUUACGCCAAUCUCGUACCCAGAGCCAUCGUUGAGAUUGUGUUUAUGCUUCAUUGUUUACAAACAAUGAAACAAAUGCUAAUUUGCAACUAUGCAUUUCUGCGAAACGUGGCCAAUUGUAUAGCUACCUAUAGGAUAAUAUGGGAUAAUGUAAGGUAGAUAUGUGAUAGAUGAUGACAUUGGGGAAUAUUGUUGCAUUUUAUGUGGUAAUUUAGUACAUAAUAGUACAAUUCAGGAUAGGAAAGGAUACACUGUUAUAAUGCAAUAGUUAUCCCGUGUAGCACAAUAAUGUACCAUAUUGUACACCAAUGUACCAUAUAAACAAAUGUUCCAAAUUUUGAAAUGAAAAAUAAUGUAGAAGGAAUGAAAAAAUGUAAAAAAAGAAAGAAAAAGUACAGUACAAAAUGGGGAACCAGUUAUCAAGUAUAGCUCCUUCACAGAUACUAAGUGUAGACCACUAUUUCACUGAUCUACGUGAUUAUGAAUAUGACACAAGGUAUUGUCAUAAUCUAAUUCCGUUCCACUGUUUUCAUUGACUUUUGACAGAAUGACAGGUUUUAUGAAAUUUGAAUGUGUAUUUUUCAUUGUUUCUCUUAAAGCUUGGGCAGUACAAGGUUUUUCAAAGUUGCAAGAGCAAAGCACAAGUAUGAAAUAUCCUCUUAUACUUGAGUGAAACCUGAAACCAAUUUUCUUUGUGUAAUAAUACACCCUUUUGAUAAUUACGUCCCACAUACUUUUUGGUCUUGGAGCUUCGCUCUCAUUAAUAAAUUAUUGCAGGUGAUUGGCUCACGAUUCAUGAGAGUGAGGCUCCCAGGUCAAUUGUCAAAUGAAGUAAUUAUCGAAAGAGUGAAUUAGUGUCUAUUGCAUUGUUGACAACUCAUCUCUGUACCAGGCUGUUCAAAAGCUUACACAUCACAUUGUUCGUGUCUUUCACCUUUUGUGACUGGCCCAGAUUGGAAAGUUUGCAGCAUGCGGGCAAUUAACCCCCUUCACACUUUAUAGUCAUUUUCAGCUGGGCUUGCUGACACUUUCUGUUUCCCUGCACGCUUUGGUAAUAUUUAGGAAUAGAAAUUAUUGUAAAAUUAUACACAUCAAGCCCAGACCUUGAGUCCUUGGAUGUGCAGUCACUAAUAUUUACAAAUUUACAUUUUUGAAAUCUCAGGUUUGCAAUUUCCAAACUUUUGUGCCUAAAAUGAAGAAAAACAAAAUUGGUUGCCUGUGCAAAAUGGUAGCCAAAAUUUGAUCUGACCAGCAUGUUUUCAAUCUGGUGACUAGGGUUCAAUUCCUAACAAUGAACUGAUAAGAGAUGUCCUCUACUAGACCUCUAAGAAGAACACUAGUUUAGAAUUAUUAUUUGUGCUGAGUUCUAGAGGCCAGAGCUCUUUUUGAUCUGCCAAAUUGAGCUGAAUAACAUCUGCCAUUAUCUGGACUUUAUCCGUUAUGUAAGGCCAAAUAAAAUAAAAACUUGGUUAGCAUCCCCGCCCGCCUCUCAAUUUCUGCCGCCUCUGAAUUUUUUUUAUGUAAAUCUCUUCGUUUUACAGCUUAAAACAGUUUAAUAUUUGAAAUUUUUCUCAUGCUCAGACCUUGACGCUAUAUACUGAUCGAUAGGAGCGCGUGGGCUUGGGUAUAAAAGGUUCUUAUAGCAAAAUGGCGACCUUUGCAACAUCAGUACAAAAAUAUCACUGAUAUAGUGGAAAAACCACCCCAUCCCCCCAAAAAAUACUGUUAAAAAAUUAAAAAACGAGUAAAAAUUUUAAAAAAAGCGCCCGCCCGUCACUGAAAAUUUGUGAGAGUGUGACACUAACCAAGUAUUUUUGUUCAUUUGGCCUAUGUGCAAGCCGGAUCACCAGCGCCUGAGCUGAAAACCCUGAGUUUGCAAAGCACAAAUUGAUAGAGCUAUCCACUAUAAAUAAAGUUAGUUUCAGUUUAGAUUUCCAUGUGUAUAAAACUGCAUGGACCAAUAAGGCUGACUUGUACUGGAUCUUAGGAGGACAGUUUAGAACUAAUUAUAGGGCUAUCCAGUAUAAAUAAAGUUUGUUUUAAAUUUUUUUGUUUUGGUGAAGUUAGUAUUUAUUAAACAAUUCUUUGUAUCAUAUUUUUUGUCUUUAGGGAAGGCUUAUGUGUUGUAAAAGUAUUUGCCAUUCAAGAUCCUUCAUUACCACUACAGACUUACUAUAAACAUAUCAAAGAAAUCUCAGAUAAAUUACAAACUAUUCCAUACAUUCUACCAUUUCAAAAGAUCAUUAUCACAGAAAAAGCUGGCAUUUUGGUGCGACAAUAUAUGAAGGAUAAUUUGUACGAUAGAAUAAGGUAUUGCUAAACUGCACGGGUAUUAUUAUCCAAUUAGGUAACCACGUUACCUGCAAGCGACUGGAACUAACUGCAAACCCAGAAGGUCUUGUGUGUGCUAGUAUAGUAGAAAAUCUCAUUCAAAUAAUAUUUGGUUACCUGCAAAAAAGUAAAUAUACAGGCAUGCUAAACAGUUUUAAAUUAAAGGCAUUUUAGGCAGAAUUACAACAAUACAAAUUAUACAAUUGAAAAUAAGUUCUGAGAUGCUAUGUUUGAAGGCCCCUGUGGUGUCUGCCAUAUAUUUUACAUGCAAUGCUGAAUGCACCUCACGCUGCAUAUUUUAGAUGCAAUGCACCUCAAUUAACCUUUUAUUUGCAGUACAAGGCCAUUUUUAAACCUUCUUGAGAAGAAAUGGAUCGUGUUUCAACUGUUGUGUGCGCUUGUACAGUGUCAUCAAAAUCAGGUAUUGAAAAUCUAAUAAAGCUCUUUAUUUAUUAAUUAUUUAUUGCAUUUAAUACCCAAUCAACCUCAAUAUAUUAGUCCCCCCCCCAAAAAAAAAAAAUCCCAAUUUAUUGGUAUAUUCAGACCAUGAUGGAAUUUUUAUUUAUGUUUUAUCAAUUUUACUAGGAAAUGCCAUUGUUUUCCUUUGCUAUAUUGUUUCCUUAUUUAGAAUAAUAAGAAUUUCAUCCCCCAUCAAAAAUGCUUAGGAAUGAAAUACAAACUGGAAGGCCUAUAAUAUAAAUGUACACAUACAUGUACCUAUUUUUACAUUUUUAUGCAAAAUAAUGCAGUCUUAAUUUAGGUACAAUAAAUGAUCUAUUAAAUGUUUGUUCAUUAAAUCUUUGUACUUUACAAGAGCUGUUCUAAUUAUAAUUGAUUAUUAAUUAACCCAAUCAUCUGGCAUUAGACUAGAUAAAAUAUUAAAGUAGGGUGCAUUAGGCCACAAUGUAACUUAAUGGGUUUAAACAUUGUGGUUUAACCAGGGCAUUCAUUAGGGAGUGGGUGUUAGAACUUAGAGGAUUUACAGUAACUGUACAUUGACAGAUCUACCAUGGUGAUAUUAAAACUGAGAACAUUAUGGUGACAAGCUGGACAUCUGUGUUACUGACAGACCUUGCUUCGUUUAAACCCACCUAUCUUCAAGAAGACAAUCCAGCAGACUUCUCGUACUUCUUUGACACAUCACGAAGGCGGACAUGUUAUUUAGCACCAGAAAGAUUCUUGGACAGCCGUACCAGUGACUUGGCAAGUUCUAGCUUGCCUUCAGAGCAGCAGGGAGAUAACUCAUUAGAUCUUGGCCUCAUAAAAGAUCAUGUCUCUGAACUGACAUCAAAAAUGGAUAUUUUUUCUUUGGGGUAAUUAUGCUAGUAACGUCAGUAACACAAUAUGUUGGCCAGUCAUUAUAUACUCAUGCAAAACUUGAGAGUAAGUUUUGAGCUAAUCAGAGUGCUCUAACACAUGUGAUGGCCAUAAUACAUGGGCUGGGCUUCGUUGGUACGUUAGUCAGAGCAAUCUGCAAUCGUCUUUCACCUCUGAAAUUGCAUGUGAGUUUGAUUCUUGACUCGUAUGACACUUUUGUGAAAAGAGUCUGUCCAAUGUCCAUGUUCUAUCAAAACAGACAUAGGCACCCGUGGUCCAGAGUGUGCUCUUGAAGGGGUACAUUCAUCUGUCGUUAGAAAGAGUAAAAUAAUGAAGUAUGGCUAUGGAUUAACUCGUGUAUAUAUAAUUUCAUGUGACUCAUGGGUUGUAUUCUAAAAACUUUGCAGAUGUGUGAUAGCGGAGUUGUUGAGCGAAGGUGCUCCAUUAUUUGAUCUAUCGAAACUUCUUGCAUACCGCAGUGGAGAUUAUGAUCCAGCUCCCGCUCUGGAGAAAAUUGACGACAAGCACAUCAGGGUAAGCCUCGAACCUCGUAAUACACUGCACAGAACUGAGAAUGCUACCUGUAGUUUUUUAAGGCAUUUGAAUUCCUCUCAAAUUCUGCUGCUUUCUCGUGUUAUUGUCGCUACCUACGCUUGCACAGAACGUGCGAAGUUUAUAUACAGAAUUGACUCGUUAAAAUAUAAAAAUAUAUAUUUGUUCUUGGGAUUGUCCAAUUUUAUAUGAAUUAAAGUGCGACUAAACCCCAAAUAUGAUUUUCGGAAUGUGUAAUAUUUGCGUCAUUCAUUGUUUCUAGGAAUUAAUAACUGAGAUGAUUUCUAAAAAUCCAGAACAACGAAGUGAAGCGUCCGAAUAUCUUGAUAAAUAUAGAGGUAAUAAUUUACAUGUUUCGACAGCAUGUUUUGAUUAAAACGUGUAAAAUGAUCUUAACAAUACGUAGCUUUCAGUAACGGCUGCAUUCCAGUUGUGCGUUUUUUCCAUGAUAUUUUUCAUUUUUUUCCAUGAUAUUUUUCAUUUUUUUCCAUGAUAUUUUUCAUUUUUUUCCAUGAUAUUUUUCAUUUUUUUCCAUGAUAUUUUUCAUUUUUUUCCAUGAUAUUUUUCAUUUUUUUCCAUGAUAUUUUUUAUUUUUUUCCAUGAUAUUUUUCAUUUUUUUUCAUGAUAUUUUUCAUUUUUUUCCAUGAUAUUUUUCAUUUUUUUCCAUGAUAUUUUUCAUUUUUUUCCAUGAUAUUUUUCAUUUUUUUCCAUGAUAUUUUUCAUUUUUUUCCAUGAUAUUUUUCAUUUUUUUCCAUGAUAUUUUUCAUUUUUUUCCAUGAUAUUUUUCAUUUUUUUUCAUGAUAUUUUUCAUUUUUUUCCAUGAUAUUUUUCAUUUUUUUGUCAUUACAUUUUUUCUUCUUUAGGCUGUCUCUUUCCUGAAGAAUUCUACACAUUUCUACGUGUAUUUAUGGUUCGUUUUGCAUCAUUACCAGUCCUAACCCCUGACGAAAAAAUUGCACGGUAAUUCUCAGAAUUUACAAGACAACUUGAUGUCAAAAUUUAGACCAUCAUUUAAAUAAUAAUACGCACGAUUUCAUUGCACUAACAUUCUAAUUAAUAAUUCAUGAAGAAAGCGGAAAAUCGUGACUGUGAAGGAGCUUGUAUAUCUGAUAUAAAAUCCUGCUGAUUUACGUGUUCAAUUUGAAUUCACUUUUCCCCAGCGAAAUGACAAUUUAUGUCUUUAUAAAGAUUAUUGAUGCAUAAGAACGUUUUCAUGAUGACGAAUCACAAGCUAUAUACAUUAUUCGACUCGUAUUUGUGUACUGUAUACAAACAUUUGUAUUCUUCAACAAUUUAAAAUAAAUAGAUGAUAUUUGGUGAGAAAAUUGAACUUAAAGUUUAUGUAAAUCAGCAUGAUUUUGUAUCAGAUAUACAAACUCCUUCACGCUCAUGAUUUCUUUUGUGUUUUCUUCAUGAAUUAUUAAGGAGGUUUUACAAAACCAUAUGCAACACGGCCGCUCAUUGUUACAUAAUUAACACAAGAAUUACGAAUACAUCGUAAGGUCAAACGCAGUUGUUACAGGAGAAAGCAGGGGAGAAAGGAACAGGACAUUUGUCACAUUUAAUACCUCAACCCUAAUUAAAGUAAUUAAAUCUAUUUCAGAAUUGCAGAUUGUAUUUCUGCGAUCUUAAAAGAAUUUGCAAAGGUCGAAAACGAAGACACAAAAGUGGAUCAUAGUAAGAAAUUUCAUCAAAACAAUAGCGUGUAUAACACUUUCAAAACAGCCUAUUAGGACAUGCACUCAGCCACUCACCAAUGAGUGAGAAAAAUUAAUGUUUAUAAGACUUUCAGUAUACAUUCGACUAUUGACCGUAUUAAGGGCCCACAGUAAUUGGUACCAUACUGUUGUGGUGACCCUGCCAUGAAUGCAUGAUAAUGGCGAAGUUAAAUAAAUAAAUAAAUAAAUAAAUAUGUAUUUCAGUAUGCAUUCCAAUGUCAGGGCUUGAAAUAACGUUCCCAAAGUCCCCGAUCAUGGUGAUCGGCAGUCAUGACUUUCCCUGCUUUUUCAGGUUGGAAACCCUGCUUUUCCGCCGAUCAUAAGAAAUUUCUUGCCGAUCAUUGAUCGGUAAUCGGCUGUUGACCAUCUUUACAUUCGACUAGUGGCAGUUUUUCUGUAUGCAUCCGAGCAUUGACGGUUUUUGGUGUACAUUGAAAUAUUGAUCUUUCCUUUGCAAGGGUUUAGUGUAGGAAGAAUGAUUUUACAAUAUAACUAUAUUGUUUUGAUUUCAGGUAGCCUCGUUUUAAUUAUUUCCUUGGUUACGUCAAGUGUUCGGAACUGUGUUGUGAGUAGCAUUUUUUUCUUCUUCAUUUUCAUUCGUGUAUGAUACAAUAUACAAUAUGCAAUAUGCAAUAUGCAAUAUACAAUAUACAAUAUACAAUAUAUAAUAUACAAUAUACAAUAUACAAUAUACAAUAUACAAUAUACAAUAUACAAUAUACAAUAUAUAAUAAUAUUUCACAAACAUAUUUUGAGUUCAAGUAAAGUGGGGCUUUGGUGGCGCAGUCGACAGAGAAAGCGCCGUUCACCUCUGAGAUCGUGGGUUCUAUUCUCACUACAGCCUCAUGUGAAAAGAGUCAGUCGACGCUCUGCCAAAAGUUCUGGGGGUUUUUUUCAUGCACUCCGGUUUUCUCCCACAGGGAAGGAUAAACACGGUUAAGAACAUAAUAUCACAAUCGUUGUAAACACAAAAGCUUUUAUAUUCAUAGACGUUUUUGUGUUUCAGUACUGUGAUUCGAAGUUAAAAUGCCUAGACCUGCUACUACUAUUGGCACAGAACUCAAACGAUGAAAUGAUUUUAGAAAGAGUUGUACCGUACAUUUUAUACCUUAUCGGAGAUAGUGUACCCCGGGUUAGAGCCCGGGCACUUUGGACCUUGACACAGACCUUACAACUUGUACAAAUGUUGCCACCAAAUGAGGGGAACAUCUUCCCAGAGUACAUACUUCCUGCAUUGGCUAAUUUUCCCGAUGAUCAAGAGGUGAUAGUUCGUAUAGCCUACGCAGAGAACAUCGCACCUAUAGCAGAGACCGCGCUGAAAUUCCUGGAAAUGGCUCAGUUACGGUAUAAUAACAUGGAUACGGAAGAUGGAGGAACGCAGCAGACUUUGCGAUACCAGG